GAUUGGCUGUUUUAUGACUUAUGGCUAGACAUUUUGAAAUCUUGAAAUCUAUAUAAACAAUUGUCACCCCUUCCUGAAAAAGGUCGCUUUUUGACGAAUGGUUGUCACUUUGCAAUCGCGGACAUAGACUUAAAGACGCCUUUUUACAAGGAUAAAAUGAAUACAACUUUAAUAUCACCGGUGUCUGUCACAAACAACACCAUCAUCGGCAACAUCUCGGUAACAGACAUUGAUCCAAUGGUCCAAGCGGACUCGAUGGGGAUGGAAUUUGCCGACAAAAUGCACUUCGUUUCAAGCGCCAUUAUCGGACCUAUUUUCGUCUGCCUCGGACUCGUCGGCAAUAUAUUAUCCGUACUCGUAUGGCGACGGCGGAAGAUGCGCUCGUCCACGGGCACGUAUCUGAUCGGUCAGGCAAUAGCGGACAUGGGGCUGCUUGUGUUUUUCAUGCUGACCGACAGUAUAUUAAAGUUCUGGCCCUCCAUCGCGACUUCGUCGGCGUACGGAGCGUUCUUUGCGUACGUUGGCUACCCGAUUUUCUUCCUGUUCGUGGUGUGCAGUAUCUGGUUCACCGUCGGCGUCACCGUGGAUCGCUACAUACAGGUGUGCUGGAUCAACAAAGCUAAGGAAAUGUGCAGCGAGAAAAGGGCUUGGAUAGGUCUCGGUCUAAUAACCCUCCUGUGUUUCUUUGUCAAUACACCGCACUUCGCUACGUACGAACCCGUGCCCGACGUCGAGCGUAACGCCUCUGACAUUGGCUUUCGCUUCACGGAAUACGGCAGCAGCACCGGAAGCAUUAACUAUGAAUUCUGGAUACACUGCAUGAUCCUCGUGCUUGUCCCUUGGGCCACUAUUUUCACGCUGAACAUGCUCAUUAUACAGCGGGUAACCAGUAUCAACCGGCAGAUGGACGCCAAGCGGGGGUCGUCGGGCAAAGAGAAGGCCCGGAAGUCCGAGGCUCAGUUGACCCGUUUGCUGCUCAUGGUUACCUUCACCUUCUUGGUGCUGAUCGCGUUCCAAUGCAUCACACAGUGCUUCUUCAUGCUGAAGUCGGGUGACCAUGUGGUCGUUUCCAAAGCGUUUUCGAUCGCGAAAUUAGGCAUCGUUAUCAACUCUUCGAUCAACUUUUUCCUGUAUUGUUUAAGCGGCAAACGUUUUCGGAAGGAACUCCGAUCUGUCGUCUGUUCCCGUUUCCAGGGUGAUUUCAGCGUUUCCACGAGUGUCUCAAUGUCAGAGCGCACAUCUUCGUCUGCUAUUUCAAGAACAAAGUCGGCAUUGUCGGAAAAAAAGUCAGGGCACGCGUAAUUGAUUUACGAGUCAAAUAAAUCACACAAAUAUUUGUUUCAAUAUAGAACAGACAGUUAUCAACAUAACGCCAUAGUAAAUAUGUUUAUUGUUUGAUGUGUUUGCUGUAAUAACAUUAACCUCGAGUGUGUGAUUAGUUUUUGUUUUCGCUUUGUUUUUUCAUGACAUCUAAAAUGCACUUUCAUGCAACAGUUAAUUGGUUGUUCAUCGUUAGCCGUAUGUCCACUCAGAGCCAUUGAGAAAUACUAAUCAUCCAUAUGUUCCGGAUGAUGACGUCAAUCGAAACCUCUGGACCUUAACACUUAAAGGAAAAGCUGUGCGACACAAUUUACAUUCUUAACAUUUGACCAAAGGACGGAUGUAGCUUUAAUUACUUUCGAUGUUAAAGACCGAUAGCAAGCGGUAAAACAUGUGGUCAAGUCUUCACAUGCAAUUUGCCCGAUAUCAAAUCACAUGACUUGUUGACAUGAAUAUAUCUAACCCAUUAUGAAUUAAUAAAAUAAGAAAUCAUGUCUGUCUGUCCGUCCGUCCUUGCCACUAUCUCCUCCUACACUAUAAGCACUAGAACCUUAAAACUUACACACAUGGUAGUUAUGAGCAUAUGUGCAACCCUUGAAUUUUGAUCUGACCCCUGGGUCAAAAGUUAUGGGGGUUGGGGGGUGGCCGGGUCAGUGAUUUUCACUCAUUUUUUAUGUUAUGUACUUUAACAUUGGCCAUAACUUUUGCAAUAUUGAAGAUAGAAACUUGAUAUUUGGCAUGCAUGUGGCAUGCAUGUGUAUCUCAUGGAGCUGCACAUUUUGAGUGGCGAAAGGUCAAGGUCAAUGUCAUCCUUCAAGGUCAAAGGUAAAAAACAAAUCUAAGGGAAGUAAUAAGCUUUAAAGGGAGGUAAUUAAUUAACCUGCCAAAUGAUUUUUUUUAAUAAAUCAAAGUGGCGCAGUAGGGGGCAUUGUGUUUUUGACAAAUACAUCUCUUGUUUUAUGUUAUUUUACAUUAACUUCUUCAUUUCUACACCGGUUUACUUCCAAUUGAUACUGAACAUUUCUUAUGACAAUACGGUAAAUCUCAACUAUGCAUGACCCCAUUACCAACCCUGGGGCGCCCCAUGGGUCAAACAUACGGCAUGGGGAUAUGCUUCGGCCUCUGCCGCGCCAUUUUCAGUCUUCGCUUGUUGUUAUCUAAUUAUUAUGAUAAUCAGUAUGUUGAGUUAUACAGUAUCGUAUCGAAUCAUGCAUGAAAAUGUUAAAACAUUUCGUUAUGCCCAGUACCAUAAUACAAAUCUCUGCGUAAAACAUACGUAUGAAAUAAAUGAUAUACAACA